CUGUAUAGUCGCAUACACAGCUGCAUGCGUUAUUCGAGGCGAUUGCGAGUGGUUUAUUUAACCCAUAUCAACGUUUGAAAGUCAUCAUUCACUAGCAGUCGAGCAGUGAUCGCAGUGAGGAAAAGUUCUUGAACUACUAAUCAAUGGCGAGAAAAACAAACGUUGGGGCCGUGAUACAUGGUGUUGAAGAUUUGCGGGUGGAACAAGUCCCGAUACCGUCUCCGCGCGAAAAUGAAGUUCUGCUGCAGAUGGAUUGCGUCGGAAUUUGUGGAUCGGACGUUCAUGUUCUAACUCACGGUGGUUUUGGGCAGUAUAAACUGCACCAGCCGAUGGUCAUCGGACACGAAUCGUCGGGAGUUGUCAUAGGGGUUGGAAGGAGCGUCAAACAUCUAAAGGUGGGCGAUCGAGUAGCGUUGGAGCCCGCGAUCGGAUGUAAGGUGUGCAAACUUUGUAAAGCUGGUCGAUAUAACCUAUGUCCGGACGGAAUUUAUAGUGCGAGUCCUCCGGUACACGGAACACUCCAAAACUACUACACUCACCCCGAAGAUUGCUGCUUCAAGCUACCUCCACAUGUCACGAUGGAGGAAGGAGCGUUACUAGAACCGUUGGCUGUGGGAGUCCACAGCUGCCGUAUCGCGGGAGUCGGAUUAGGAUCAAAUGUGCUGGUUUUUGGUGCAGGGGCAAUCGGAAUGGUUACGGUUAUGGUGGCGAAAGCAAUGGGGGCCGGUAAAGUUUGUGUCCUAGAUUUAGUUGCGAGUAAGCUGGAACUAGCUAAAUCGGUUGGGGCAGAUUGCACGCUGUUAGUCAAGAAAGGCGAUAAAGAAGAGGACACUGUGAAAAAGAUUCAUCAAUUGCUGGGAGCAGCCCCGGAUAUCUCGAUCGAAUGCACCGGAGCGGAAUCAUGUGUUCGUCUGGGUAUAUUGGCGACGGAGCUUGGAGGCGUGCUCACCUUGGUAGGUAUCGGACCUACAAACAUGAAUCUCCCGAUAACGAUAGCGCUGGUUCGUGAGGUAGAAAUUCGAUCUGCCUUUCGGUAUGCCAACGCCUAUCCGGCAGCACUAGCCAUGGUGGCUAAUGGAACCAUCGACGUCACAAAGUUGAUCACACAUCAUUUCGAUCUUAGAGAAUCGGUCGAAGCAUUCAAAACGGCACGCUACGGGCUGGAUGGAGCAAUUAAAGUCAUGAUCCAUUGUCAGGGUCGGAAUAUGAACAAUCCCAUUAAGAAGAUUUGAUGACUAGUUGUUAUUGCGUGUGAAGAUGUAAUGAUAAAAUAUAAUAUAAUAAAAAUGUAUGUCAUGUUAUUAUGACAUACAGUUAAAGUAA